AUGAAAAUUAAUUCCUAGCCAUAAUAGACCUUGGAGACUCCAAGAGCUAAUGCAGAUGAUCUAAACUAAAGCGCUUAAAAAAGAGAUAAGACAUAUAAGUUAAGAAAGAAACAAAUGAGAUGUAGAAAGAGAUUAUAAAGAAAUUAAUAGUAAAUGGAGGAAAGAUUAUCAGCUGCCAAAGACAUGAUGAAUUCAUUUGUGGGGACUGUCUGUGAGGCUCCUCACCAUCUAGUUGAUAAUGAAUUUAUCAGGCAUGGAUAUAGAAUAGGUUAUGAUAAUUCUGUGGGAGCAAUAUUUAGGUCCAUGUUUCACCUUCACAAUGAGUUUGUUAACGUAUGGAGUCACUUUUGUGGCUCAAUGUUCUUCAUCGGAUUGAUGCUGUAUACUCUAUUCUAUCUAAGCAGCAUGAGAUCAGGCAUAGAAAUAAUUUAAAAUGACUUUGAUUAGCACAGACAUCAUGAAUUGCCUCACUACUUCUAGAAAUAACUAAUUGAUUUGCAAUCUGAGAUUGAUUAUAUCAAUGAUAGCAGUUAGCCGGAGACUAUUUUCCAGAAAAUGAUUUUGAGAAUAGAAGGUUUAUCGUAGUUGUUUAUUUAGGAACUGCAGAAUGCUUAGCACUUCAUUACAGAGGAGGAGCACAUUAUAGAAGAGAAAAUACAUUACUGGAAGGAGCAAGUUACACAUUACCCUCAAGUUUUGAGAGAAAAAAUAAACGUUGUUCAGGCUAUGAUGCAAGAAUAAUUAGAUUUGGAAUCAGAAGAGCAUUUCCAUAAUAACAUCUCCUACUCAAGGUUAAAUUAUCUACACUCUGCGAUGGAAAAUUUCUAAAGCAAGAUGAUUGAUUUCUAACAUUCAGUGAUGGGUCGAAUAGAUCAAAUGAAAUGGCUUGACCUGCAUGAGACAUCUAAGCCAAUUGAGGAUGUGGAUUAGUAUUUAAACUAUGUUUCAAGAUGGCCUUUGUUUGCUAAUAUGGCAUCUGCUGCUAUUUGCAUGGGCUUCUCUGCAAUAUUCCAUUUAUUUUUUGUCUACUCAUAAGAUGCUUGCUCUUGGCUAGCUAGACUUGAUUAUGCUGGAAUAACAAUUUUGAUAUUUGGAAGUGCCAUGCCAGUUACCAAUUACUUAUUCGCUUAUAUAAGAAUCAUUUUCAUGUGCAUCUUAUCUGGGAUGAGUUCUCUUGUAUUUAUUGUUUCAAUGGUCCCUUGGUUUAGUCAUCCAAGUUUAAAAGCGUUAAGAGGCACAGUAUUUGGAGUUUACGCAUAAGCCAAAUAUAUUAACUAAUAUUUGCACUUUAGUGAUCCGACCUAUAUGCUUCAAGGAAAAGCAAAUGUUUACAUAUUUGGGGGAUUUUUCUAUCUGAUUGGUGCCAUAUUGUAUUCAACGAGAUUUCCUGAAAGGUGUAAGCCAGGUUAAUUUGAUAUUUGUGGUCAAAGCCACUAGCUUUUUCAUUUCUGUGUGAUGAUAGGGGCAUCGAUUCACUAUUAUGAGAAUUUGCAGGUGUUUUAUCAAAGAUAGCAGUUUUUUUGCCCCAUAAAAUGA